CAAUCCACUCUUCUAAGUCCGUUUCAUUUCCAUCUCGAGUUCUCUAACCAGCCGGACACUUGUUUUCCCUCUUCUGUGGAUUACACGAUAGAACAAAUCAUUCUCUCGUUUUAUGGAUACAAAGGCUGAUGAGAGCAAAGUUAGGGAAGGAUGAAAGGAUGCAACGUUGGCCCGACGCUCUACUGGGUACUCGUCGUCACCGUCGCUCUCCUCUACACACACUCAACUAUGGCGGGUGCUAUAACAGCUUUCAAACUCCGUAGGAAUUUCACAGCUGUGGAUAGAUUGCUGAAACCAGAAUCGAGCAUUCGUAUUCCGAGACGACUUCCGAGACCCCCUAAAUUGCUCAUCUUCAGAACGAGUACUGAAGAGGAGACCACCACAGAAGAUUACACAUCAGCAGAUGAAAGCACUACAACAAGUGAUACGUCAAAUGACGUUGAAAGUGCUUCAGACAACAGCCUGUCUGUUGUGUGGCCAUUGCGAGCUCGACCCGCCAAGAGAUUUCGUAUUCCCACUCCCACAACCCCCACGCCUCAAUUGCUUCUGAAACUCCGUCAGCCAAAGCCCACGAGGCCUGCCAUAUACAGUUUGGACGGAUUUGUGCCGAAGCCAUCCAUACAGAGGAUAGUCUCCACAGAACCUCCUUUAAAUUUCAAGAAAACUGAUCUUCAACUUCUGUCCAGUAUACCCAGAAGACGAAAGAUGAACCGCUAUAGUAAAGAAGAUGAUGACAAUGAAUAUGAGUAUGUAGGCCGGAGGAAAAAACAGGUGAGCCGUUACACGGCCUUUGCAAGGAGAGGCGUCCCUGGAGAAGACUACCCUGUCUACAAUUACAUUCCCCAGACAGAUUUCACGUGUGGGCCGCAGCCAGGCCUCUAUGCUGACCCCUUCACCGACUGCCAAGCAUGGCACAUGUGUCCAGGCGGUAAUCUUUCUCCGCGCCACAGCUUCUUAUGCCCGAAUGGCACUAUCUUCAAUCAGAAGAAGAGAAUCUGUGAUUGGUGGUACAAUGUGGACUGUAGAAAGCGUAAGGUCAGAUCUCAGAACAGUCUGGGUGAAUCCAGCUCAUAGUUGGCUUCUUUUUUUGUUUCACUUUCUGAUAUGCCAAAUACCAAGAGUUUAGAACUUUGCAUAUUUGAAUUGUUUUAUUUUACAUAUUUUAUCACUUAUUUGCAAACAAUGUAAAAUAUAGUGUUGUGUUUGUUAUUGUCAGAAACUAUGCACAUGUGUGUGUGUGAAAACUCGCUUCAUAAGCUGUAUUACGAAGUACAAACUUGUACUUGUUUGUUAGGUCAUUCAGUCUGAAAUGCCUCUUUUUUUUCUUCUUUUUUCUUAAUUGACUUUUUCGGGAAAAUGGUAAUCACUGACCCAAGUAAAUAAAUUUUAAUAUCCUUUUCAAAAACCAAUGCAAACAAAAUAUAGACCUCAGGAAUCAUAUUUAAUCCAAACCCAAAGACAUUAUCAAAAUGAGACGGAUCAUUAUCGAGUAAAAUAAAAAAAUCAAUAUCAAACGUACCUUUUAAUACCUUUUAAGAAAAAAUUCAAUCUGCUGGUUAAACAACCUCCAUCAACUUGUAACGUAUAUCUAAACAAAAAGAAAAAAGAAGAAAAAAUAAUAUUUAAUAACUUUUGUUCUAAUGAUUUUGUUUUAACUGACUAAUUGUCAAUCUUAGUAGUUUGAAGAAUUUAACCCUCAGAUAUGCUAAUUGAUGAGGGCUAAUAUAAUAAUAGUGCUAUUAAUAAGUAAAGAAAUAAAACACAAAAAUAAACUUCCCCUGAAUACUGUUAUAAAAAUUUACAAGGUAAUAGUAGUUGCAACUUCAUCCACAAGCGUUAUUUUUCUAAUGUUGUUUCAAUAUCUUCUUUAGUAAAGUGGUUUUCAGGAAAUCUAAUCACCGUUAAGUAAAGUCUACAAAAAAUUUUUUUUGAAAGAUAGUGUAGUUUCAAUAAAAAUAAAGACUUAAAAUGUGCUAUUAAAACAUUAUUUAGUGUAUUAAAGUAGAAUUAAUUAUCACAAAAGUUAAGCUAAGGAAAUAUCCAAUCACAUUUUUAAAUAAAAAAGCUGGGAAAAAAAUCUGUUUGAAGCUGUAAGAGUAAAAACAAUAGCAAAUUUAAAUUAGGGAAAGCGCUAAACAGCUCCCCAAGAAAUUCGUCAUCAAAUAAAUUAAAAAAAUUCUGUAAUUAAAUUGAUAUAGACCAAGAGAGAAACAGGAAUGCAAAACAGGAGUUUCUUUAAAUAACUGAUUAACGAAGUGUAAUUCAUGUCUCGAAGUCCCAUUUAGAAAGAAUUAAUAUCAUUUGCUGAAAGAAAGCAAAAAAACAAAGAGAAAAAAAAUCAUACCAAGGAAAAAGAAUAUUACAUUUUAAAAAAACUUUAAAUCGAAAUAGAAAUAAAUAGAAAAUAAACAAAUAAUAUAAUAUUUUUAUGUAUUUUUCGUUUAAACUAAAUUGAAUUUCUAUAAAUUGAAACAUUAAUAUGCAAAUAUUUAAAAAUACACUUAUAUUAACUUUUCAUUGUGGUCAAUUUUUUCUGAUUUUCAGAUUAUCUGUAGUUUUUAUAUUCCAUACAUAUUUUUAUUACCUCAUAUAUUCUUUUAAAAAAAAUUGAAAUGACAGGCAUAUCUUUCUCAAAGACCUAACAACAAAAACGGAGAGAGAAAAAACUUUUGUAACACGAAAAUUUUGAUUUGGUUUUAAUUUCUCUAAAUGUUGUAUAUUCUAUGAAAACUAUUAUUUAUUUAAAAAUUUAUGGCUUUAUUUUUGUUAUCAAUCGUCGAACAAUUAAAUAAUUGACUUGACUUUAGAGGCAAAUUCUACUCAUUCACUUCUGAGACCCCCAAUAGAUUGAAAAGUAAGAAUUUUUAUUUUUAUUUUGUUUCUAUUAAAAAGUGGAUUGUUGAUGUAAAAAUAUAAUUACAUUUACCGAAGUUUUAAAUGACAAUGAAAAAAUAUAUUCAACAGUUUUAUGGACAGUUUUAUGGCCUAUAAAUAUUUCAUUAUUGGAGUCUAGGGGAUUUGGUUUCACUAUCAAAAUGAGAACAUUAUAAAAAUAUUCUGCAAUAUGACAAAAUGCAAAAAAUUGAAUUUUAUCAUUUCUUAUUUAACAAUCAAAAAAGGAAAAAGUUACUAAUUUUUUUUAAAUAUUGUAUCGUAUUUAUGAGUAAUAAUAUGCAUUGCACUAAAUGUGUUAAGUACAUAUUUUAAAACCAGGGCUUCCCAAACAUUUUUCCAUUUGACGUCACUUUAAUAAUAUUUUACAUAUUUAAGCUAUUUGUCUGUUUUAAAAGAAACACGGUCAUUUCCUUGGAAUGUAUAAUUUAAAAUUGAAACUUUUCUUAGGGCGCUUAAACUGUGUCUUUUUCAUUUAAAUUGGUGAAAGAACUACGAAAAACGGCCUUGCUUUUAGAGUAAAGUUCUGGAGAGUUGUUUCAAAUGAAGCGGGUAUUUUCUUCUGUUAUCUACCACUUUAGCUUAAAGCAAAUAUUCGACAAUCUUUUUUAAAAAAAUUUGAAAAUUACAAACAACGUUACUGCAGUAAAACAUAGAAUUUUCUUAAGACAACAUACCGCUCGGCAAACUGUAUCGAGUUUAAGCAAUUAAAGUUACACUGCAGUAGCUAAAACUGAAAUUGCUAGAAAUUUAUUAUAAAAAUACUACCAUUAUUCAAAAUGACACCAUAAAAAUAACAAGAGGAUAAUUAAAGUAUAAAUAUAGAUUUUUAAAUAGUAAAUUUUGGUUGAUAUAGAUUUUUAAAUAUUAUAUUUUGAUCGAUAGAAGCGUCUUCUUACUCAUCGAUGAUCGCUUCAUAACAAAAUUAUCUUAAACUCAUUUUAUUAUUUUAAAACAAUGACUUUUCUUUUCAAAAUGAUACUAAACACUAUUGCGUUCAUAUGAUGCCAUCAAACUUCUUUUUUCCUUCAAAAUGAUACAAAAUGCUAUUAAGUCAAAAUGGUGAACGUCUUGAAAAAAUUAUUUUUCCAUUCAAAAGUAUACUAUUGUGAUCAAAGGGUGAAUACCAGUAAAUAUUUUUUUUUCUAGAUGAGACUUAAUUUAUUAUUUGUUAUUUCUAUUUAUGCGGUAAUAAACCUAAAAAAAUAUUAACUUUUUUUCUUUCGUCCAUAUCCUACCCAUGAAAACUUUAAGUGUAUAUACUUUUAAUUUAUUGGAUGAUGCAAUCUUGGUGAAUUAUUGCCAAUCUCGAAUUAUUAACUUUUCAUUACCUCAAUAAAAUUGAAACGUUGUAAUUUCUUCGAACACACUAUUGUUGUUAUCGUUUGUUAUUUUAUUAAAUAUUUUUAUGUUGAUUAUUGGUGUAACAUUUGUACAUAUUUUGGUUGUGAUGUUUUUUUAUGUGCUUCCAUGUUUUAAGAAUAUUUUCAAUAAAUCCUUUUACCUUUUCAA